AUGUCUGGCGAACUUUUACCAACUACCAGCAAACGCACCUCGGCUAAAUCCAAACCUUGGAUCAGGGCUAAAUCAGCAGGAAAAACUGCCAGAUCCUCGUCCUGGACUGGUGCUCUAACGAGCAAUGUCAUCAGACUUUUUGUUUAUUAUUUGAUUUACCUGUCGAUUUGGAAGUGUCCUCCAGGAGCUGAAUUGAGCGAGGAGAGCCCAUGUCUGUGUAGUCCAUUGCACAAGACAUUUGACCUUGUGAGUCCACAUGUAUCUCCAAUUCAUGAAAAGUUUGCUGAGUAUGCUCAUCCAUAUGUUGAUUCGGCUAAACCUUAUGUUGAAAAAGUGAGACCGUAUGUUCAGAAGGGUGUAGACUCGGGUGUGGGUGCUUAUAAUGCAUAUGUUCAACCACCUGUUUCAAAGGCUGCUGCUAAGGCCCAUUCAGUUGUUAUUGCUCCUUAUCAAGAGAAAGUUUUUGAGCUUCAUGAUAAGCAUGUUCAGCCAUUGGUUAACCGUGCUCAUCAAUUCCAUGCCGACAAAGUCGCUCCUCUGAUUGAGCAAUCGUAUAAAGGUAGCAAGAACGUUUACUCGAGCUAUGUUAUUCCUACAUACGAAAAAGUUCAUCCUCAUGUUUCUAAGGCUCAUGGAGCUGUUAAGGAGCAUGUGUGGCCAAGACUUAGCGAUGCCCAUGGUAAGUUUUCCGAGCUCGUGAUUCUUUACUUUGAAUUAGUUAAGAACUGGUUUGCUGAUGCAGUUCAACCAAAGGUCAAGUCUGUAUAUCAGGAUGCAGUUGAACCUCAGAUUAACAAGAUCUAUGACCGGGUGGCUCCUAACCGUGGUGAUUCGGAGAGUGAUGAGACUGUGGUUGCUGAAACUACUGAAAUCACUGCUUCUGCCAGUGCAGCUGGAUCGACCGCUGUUAAUAGUGAGACUGGGUCUGGCGUGGUCAGACAGAAGCUUGAAUCUUUGGCCGCAGUUAUUAACGACGGUGCCGCUGCUGCUUCGGAAGCUGUCGCAGCUGGUAUUGGUGCUGCUACUGCUAAUGUUGCUGGUGUUGUGAGUGCCGAUGAUACUGCAUCUGCAGGGAGCUCGGCCAGAAAGGCUUCUGAGAAGCAUAAGAAGAUUGUAUCCAUUUCAGAAGAGCUUGCCAAGUGGAAAGAGAUUGUUGACAAGACAUCUCUUGAAGCUUUUGCCACCUUUCUCGAUGAUAUUGAGCAAGAGAAGCAUGUUUUAGUCGAAGAGGCCCGUGGUGAGUUCACUACGCUGCUUCAGAAGUUGUCUCAGUACGAGAACGAAGCUUAUAAAGAGCUCAGUGCUUUGGUACAGAGAAUUGACGAUGAACAAGAAGAAGGCCAAGCUGUUGACGAAGAGGUUUCGACUGGUUUAGUGCAAAGCGAGUUCCGUCGUCAUGCUGAUCUUAUUCGUACUGGUGCAAUGGCUGUCCGUGAACGUUCUGAAAAGCUCGCUGCUGAUGUUCUUCAGAAAACUGAAGAAGUCCGUAGCAUCACUGUGGAUAUUCUUGACGAGUUUGCUGAAGUCACCCUUCAUGAGCUUGGCAGAAAGAUGGUAUCUAUCAAUUCAUUGUCUGCUACUCAGUCUACGUCGAGUGCUCAAGAUAGCGACAGUAUUCCUAAUUGGAAAGACUGGAAGGAGUUUAGAAGUCUCAAAGAUAGACUAUACUCGUCACGCCAGGAUAUUGUUGACCACGAGGUCAACAUGGCCGAUGUCAACAAAAUGCUUCGUGAAGCUCAGGAAACUGCUAAUCUCUUGGCCAAAGAGUCUGCUCAACUUUUGAGCGGCUUGAGAUCCAAGGCUGAUUUCGGUUUCCAACAGAGAUUGAGUCGCAGAGCUGAAAGUGACGAGCAACUCGACUUUGACGAAACACCCGUCGAUGCCGAAAUCUAUGACGAAUUAGAAGAGGAUGAAGAACCAACUACUAUCACUCAAACUAUUUAUGAGACUUACACACAAGUAACUAGCGAGCUCUUACCAGAGAGCACUGAGAGAAGUGAAAUUGAGCCAACCGAUAUUUCCGGUGUUGAGGAGGUCGUUGAGCCUACCGAAAUCUCGGAUCUCGAGGAGAUCGUCGAGGCCACUGAAACGGAAGAUGCAGCUGAACCUGAAGAGACUGCUGAAGCUGCCGACGAGGUUGCUAAUGAAGCUUCUGACGAGGCUACUAACGAGACUGCUGACGAUGCCGAAGUCAGCGAGCAAGCUGUUCAACCGGUGCUUGUCAAUGCUCCUGAGCUAGACAAUGUCGAAACGAAGAAAGAACCUGUUCACGAUGACCUUUAA